CCGGUAGGCCGUAGACUUCAAGAUCUGGCGAAAAAAAAAGACCCAUUUGAACUUAACUAAAACUGCAGUUUCAGCAUUGAUUCUUAUUCUCCAAUUUGAUCUUCUUUUACAUCUGAGCUCAUCAAUCGUGGGUCUUUGCUUCAGAUUCGUUGUGAACUGAAACUCGACUUUUCAGUUCUAUGAGAGCCAUGGAUAAGUCCAGCGCUCUCGAGUACAUCAACCAGAUGUUCCCCACAGAGGCAUCCUUGUCUGGUGUGGAGCCACUCAUGCAAAAGAUACACAGUGAGAUUCGCCAUGUGGACGCGGGAAUAUUGGCAGCUGUUCGGCAACAGAGUAAUUCUGGAACUAAAGCUAAGGAAGAUCUUGCUGCGGCUACAAGUGCUGUUGAGGAACUUAUGUACAAGAUCCGAGAAAUAAAAACAAAGGCAGAGCAAAGUGAGACAAUGGUUCAGGAAAUUUGUCGUGACAUUAAAAAGCUGGAUUUUGCAAAGAAGCAUAUAACAACUACAAUCACUGCUCUUCAUCGUCUUACCAUGCUAGUCUCAGCCGUUGAGCAGCUUCAGGUAAUGGCUUCAAAACGACAAUAUAAGGAGGCUGCUGCGCAGUUGGAGGCUGUAAAUCAAUUAUGCAGUCAUUUUGAAGCAUACAGGGAUGUUCCAAAGAUUACUGAACUUAGAGAAAAAUUCAAGAAUAUCAAACAAAUACUCAAGUCUCAUGUAUUUUCUGAUUUCUCAAGCUUAGGUACAGGGAAAGAGACAGAAGAAACGAAUUUGCUGCAGCAGUUAUCAGAUGCUUGUUUAGUUGUUGAUGCUUUGGAGCCAUCUGUGCGGGAAGAAUUGGUAAAAAUCUUUUGCAACAGGGAACUAACUUCAUAUCGGCAGAUUUUUGAAGGAGCAGAGCUUGCAAAAUUGGAUAAAUCUGAACGUAGAUAUGCAUGGAUCAAGCGCCGUCUUCGUACGAAUGAGGAGAUCUGGAAGAUCUUUCCUUCUUCAUGGCAGGUUGCAUAUUUGCUCUGUAUUCAAUUCUGUAAAUUGACAAGGGCACAACUUGAGGAAAUCCUUGAUACCCUCAAAGAAAAGCCAGAUGUUGGGACGUUGCUGAUGGCAUUACAAAGGACUCUUGAAUUUGAGGAAGAAUUAGCUGAGAAGUUUGGUGGAGGCACCCGCAAUAAGGAAACUGAGAUUGAAGAAAUAGAUAAAGCAGAGAGUAACAGUCAAACUGUAUUAGAUAUCCGAAGGAAGUAUGAAAAAAAGCUUGCUGCUCACCAUGGAAGUGGAACUGAUGAAACGGAUGGGCCUAAAGAUUUUUCAGUGCCAGGAGCUGGGUUCAACUUUCGGGGCAUUAUAUCAUCUUGCUUUGAACCUCACCUGACAGUAUAUGUAGAACUAGAGGAGAGAACUCUAAUGGAGAGUUUGGAAAAACUUGUCCAGGAGGAAUCCUGGGAUAUUGAAGAAGGUCAGACAAAUAUUUUAUCAAGCAGCAUGCAGGUAUUUUUGGUAAUCAGGAAAAGUUUAAAGAGAUGCAGUGCUAUGACAAAGAGCCAGACGUUAUUUAAUUUAUUCAAGGUAUUUCAACGAAUUCUUAAAGCAUAUGCUACAAAGCUUUAUGGGCGGUUACCCAAAGGUGGUACAGGGAUUGUUGCAGCUGCCACUGGCACAGAUGGACAGAUCAAGACAUCUGACAGGGACGAGAGGAUGAUCUGCUACAUUGUGAACACAGCAGAAUAUUGCCAUAAAACGUCUGGUGAGCUAGCAGAAAAUGUAUCAAAAAUCAUUGAUUCUCAAUAUGCUGACAAGGUGGAUAUGUCAGAAGUGCAGGAUGAAUUCUCUGCAGUAAUUACAAAAGCAUUAAUGACAUUAGUGCAUGGUUUAGAAACCAAAUUUGAUGCUGAAAUGGCUGCAAUGACACGUGUUCCUUGGGGCACACUUGAAAGUGUUGGUGACCAAUCAGAGUAUGUCAAUGGCAUAAAUUCGAUCCUCACAAGCAGUAUUCCUGUGCUUGGCAGCCUAUUAUCUCCUGUUUACUUCCAAUUUUUUCUUGAUAAGCUGGCUGCAUCUCUUGGUCCUCGCUUCUACCUCAACAUUUACAAAUGCAAGCACAUUUCUGAAACUGGAGCCCAACAGAUGCUUUUGGAUACGCAGGCUGUAAAGACAAUCCUCCUUGAUAUUCCUGCUCUUGGAAAACAGAAUUCAGGUGCUGCUGGCUACUCAAAAUUUGUCAGCCGUGAGAUGAGCAAAGCUGAGGCACUUUUGAAGGUUAUAUUAUCUCCAAUUGAUUCUGUGGCGGAUACAUACCGAGCUCUUCUUCCUGAGGGAACACCUUUGGAGUUUCAGCGGAUUCUUGAGCUUAAGGGUGUGAAGAAAGCAGACCAACAGAGUAUUCUGGAUGAUUUUAACAAGCAUGGGUCUGGGAUUACACAACCUUCUGUGGCUCAGUCAGUUGUGCCAGCUGUCCCACCUGCCCCAGCUGCUCCUGUUGUGGCCAAUCCUGCUUCAGUUGGAGCAAUAGUGGUGUCCCGAGAAGAUGUGCUCACCCGAGCAGCUGCACUAGGACGGGGUGCUGCCACAACUGGUUUCAGAAGGUUCCUUGCUCUUACAGAGGCAGCAAAAGAUAGGAAGGAUGGACCUUUCCGGAAGCUCUUCAGCCCAUAAUGUGCUUAUGGCAUCGAUUUCUAGAGAAAUUAACUGCAGCUUCCAAAAGCAUACGUGUGUUUCUCAGAGUAGGUAUUGUUGUAGAGGUAAGUUAAAUUUUUCUUUUUCCUUUUCAACAAGUAUAGUCAACCAUUAUUUUACCAUUGGAAGUGUAAUCAAUCAGUAUCCAAUUUUUUAAAAAUCAAAGAAACAUGCUUGUGUUACAUAGAAGAUAUUGUAAUUGAGAUAAUCCAAUUUUGAAUGCUUCACCAUCCUU